UAGUUCUGGACUAGUGCCAUCAGCAGGCCCUCAUGUGGCAACUAUUAACUAGUCUGGACUGCUCCCUUAAGCUUUCCCCAUGGACAGCCAUUUUGGCUUACAAUUCCGUACCGUAGUAUCAAUGGACGUGUCCUUGUGAGUAGGGAAUGUCGCGGAGUGUUUCAGUGCGAGGUUAGAAAUAAACUUUCAGUGUUGUAUGGUGGGAAUUAGUUCAGUCGAUCCGGGGAUGGCGCCGUGAGUGCGGAGCGCCGGAGCCAUGGCGCGGCAGUCACAAACGAUACUCCUAGUCCUCCUAGUAGCCCUACCUGUCCUAGCUUCAGUGAUAACCGCGUUCCGUGUCCGUGACUUGCCCAAGUUAGAUGUGAAACACAAACAGGAGAAGUGCGACGACUGUGAUGGUGUUAGUGAAAUCAAAAUACAAAAACAAAAUGUCAAACUCGAGCCUCCUCGUCGCUCGUACGAGGAAAUGAAAAAAGCUGCACGUGAAAAGCAACAAACGUUGAAGAAAACAGACAGUACUCCAGUUUUUAGUCUCAAAGAUGAAGAUAGUGAUGAUGAAGAUUAUUUACCUCAAGAAUCUCUUAAAAGUAAACAAACUGACAAGAAAGUUUUAUCAAAUUCAAAGGAGGAUCAAAUACAAUUAAAGAGCAAAACUGUUAAAACUGCCUUUACAGGUGGAAAAUCAAAAGUUUUUAGUGUGGAAGAUGACAGCGAUGAUGAUGAUGAUGAUGAUGAUAAUGAUGGAAAAACCUAUAAAAGUACAUCCACGGUAACUAAGGAUAAGAAAAUUUCCAAAACGGUUAGUAAAAAGCAAAGUAACGAAAAUGACGAUGACGAGACCGAUGAAGAUGACGAUGAUGAUGACGACAAUAACAUAAAAUCUAAAUCUUCUAAACAUAGUUCUUCAGAGAAAAAAGUCACUUUGAAAGACUCAAAAAUUGAAUCACAAACCAAAGUACACGGUACUGCUGAUGAUGACGACGAUGAUGACAGUGACGAUGAUGAUAUAAAGAAUUCUAAAUCUACAGUUUCACCAUCUAAGUUUAGCGUAAAAAAUGAUAAUGCUCAGAAAAGCGCAAUGAAACCUAAUUUGAAAUUAAUACAAAAUGCUUACGACAACGACGAUGACGACGACGACGAUGACGAGAGUGACGAUGAUAGUGAAAAAUCUACUAAACCUAAAGAACUCGCAUCUACAUCUAUACUUAAACAAAAAACUGUAUCGAAGACAAAAAUAAGUGAUAAGCAUUUAAAAGAUAAUGACAGUGAUGAUGAUGGAGAUGAUGAUGAUGAUAAAAAAGUUGUGGGCACUAAGAAAGAUGCAAGUAACUCUAAAUCAUUAAAAAAAUCCGAUACAUCAACAGACAAAAAACUAAAACCUGUUAUCUCGAUUAAGACAAGCCUUUUUGAUGAUGAUGAUAGUGAUGAUGAUGAUGAAGAUGAAGAUGUAAGCACUAAAACUCCUUCAAACGUAGUUCAUGAGCCACCUAGUCAACUUUCUAAAAAAGAAAAUGUAUUAAAAAGUUCUACUCAAAAGAAAGAUGAGGAUGACAGUGACAGUGACGAUGAUGACAGUGAUAGUACCAUUCAAAAGCCACCGUUAAAGGUAAUUCAAGAAAAGACAACACCACAAGAAGUUAAGCCGAAACCCACAUUAAAACAUGAAAAGGACGACCAAAAAGCAUCUAACGUAAAAAGUGAUGUAAAAAGUUCAGACAAAAUUCAAAAAAAGGACACUAUUGAUAGUGAUGCAAAGGAUAAAAAGUCAAAAGACACAAAAGUUAAAGAACAACAUGAUGUAAAAACUGAAGCUCCUAAAAAGCUUGAACAACCCAAAAAAGACGCAAAAUCAGAGAAAAAAAUAAUUACUCAAGAAGAGUCUUCGAAGAAAAAAACUUCAGAUCAACCACCAGAAAGAACAGAGAAACACACUAAAAUAGUAGAGGAGAAAAAAGAAAUUCCUAAAAAGGUCCCUGAAACACCCAAGCCUAAAGAACCUAUCAAAGAGACAGUGAAAAGUAAAACUGUCCAUGAUAGCAAAGAAGACAAAAACAAUAAAGAGCACCAAAUUAAGAAAACUGAAAGGAAACCACUACCCGAUGCCAAGAAAUCACACGAGCCUGAAUCAUGGGAACCACCAGACAGCGUUGAAGAACUACACAUAUUAAAAGAUUCCAGAGAAAAAAAGGACGAUGCCAAAGAUAUAUUUGCAUUUAAAGCUAGUCCCGAUAAACAUGCUAGUGAUGCAGUAACAAGAAGAAAUUUGUUGCAAAGUGAUUUUGAGGAUUUCUACGCAUUGUUGCCUACAUUUGCACCAAACUUUUCUAGGAUACAUAACCCUGAAUGUCGCCGCCAUGGGCAAAUAUUGCUGAGGCAGUUGCGCGGAACGAAGUUAUGGGCUCUCAAUAUGUUGGACGCCACCGCCAAAGUCCCCUCGGGACUGCUGCAAGGUAAUGGCAUCCAGCUUGGUGACUUCGACCAGUGCUUGGGGAGUCGCGCCCGGGUACAGUUGGACACAGGCAGCGUCGUCAAGGUGCAGGGGCAGUACUGUCUGGUACAGGUCGACGUGAAGGCGGAACAUCCUGAGCUGGAGCUUCCGGUGCACUUGGCUCAGGCCCGGAACCUGAUUAAAAGCCGGAUCGAUGAUCCAGGUCACUUCGUACCUCGCUACUCGACGCUGAGCUGGGGCGUGUGCGUGCCGGCGGCCUGCGAGCCCCAGGAUGUGGAGGUCAUGAUGAAGGACACCCUCAAGCACUACCAGCACACCAGCGGCUUCGUCGUCAAGGUCAAGGUCGAGGACGACGACUGCCACGUGGACGACGCCGAUUGGAUGGACGAGUGGUUGGAGCUGCCGACGCUUCUGACCUUACUCUUCUACGGAGUAAUAGUCCUCAUGGUGUUUAUAGCAACCAUUCAGGACUUCUUCGCAAGAAGGAAGUCUUCUGAAGAAGAAACACCUGCAGAAGGAGCUGAUGACAAAGCAGAAUGUGACCAGAAGGAGGUAGAGGAAGAAGAGAAGGAAAAAGAAGAAACAGAGACUAAGCCGACAUCAGGCGAAGGCAUCCUGAGCUCGUUCUCCCUCUACUCCACCCUGGGCAAGCUGACGGCGCCCGGCGCGGCGGACGACAUCGCGUGCAUCCACGGCGUGCGCGCCGCCGCCACCGUCUCCCUGCUGGUGGCGCACAAGUUCCUGGCUGUUGGAGUUAUGCCCUACACCAAUAGGGUUAAGAUGGCUGAGGACGCCAGCUCCCCCCUGUUCUCGUGGUUCCGAGCUGGCUGGGUCUACACGGACUGCUUCCUGCUGCUGAGCGGCACCCUGCUGGCCAACAGGGUCGCGGUGGACCCCGAGUCCAGCGCCCCGAGACGACUGCUGUCACGGUAUCUUAGACUGACCCCAGCUCUCCUGGCGGUGGUCCUGUUCUACGCGUACAUCUGGGACCACAUCUCCUGGGGCCCGCGCUGGGGCACGCUCGUCACCAGGAACGCAGAGCUCUGUCAGGAGAGCUGGUGGUGGAACAUCCUGUAUGUGCAGAACUACUUCGGCAUGGAGGAAAUGUGCGCCCCACAAACCCACCAGCUCGCGCUCGACAUGCAGCUGACGAUCGCAGGCGGGGUCCUACUCUGGAUAAUGCAGGUGAAGCCGCGCGCCUCGUGGCUCCUGCUGCCCGCCCUGCACGCCGCCGCCGCCUACUCGCGGUACACCACCGUGUAUGAGCAUAGACUCACUAUGCUGGCGUACCAUGGGGUCAGCAUAAGCCAGCUGUACCGUACGGCGCGGCUGAGCUACAUCUCUGCGUUCCACCGCUGCACGCCCUACCUGGUGGGGCUCAGUCUAGGUCUUAGACUUCAGGAGCCUAGGCAACAUAACAUGCUAGUCCAAAUCCUCGGCUGGCUGGCCAGCAUCUCCCUCUGGGCCCUGAUCUGGUGGAGCGGCAUGGACUCAGGCUCUUCACAGUACCGCUACAGCCCGGCUGUCGCCGCCCAGUACGCCGCCCUGGCGCCCGUCGCCGCCGCCCUGGCGCUCGCCUGGGUCAUCUACAUUGUUCACCAUGGGCAUUGCGAAUGGCUGGCAAACUUGUUCUGUAGCCGCCCUUUGGUGUUCAUCAGUCGGAUCUCCUACGCUCUGUAUCUCAUUCAGUUCAUCAUAUUCUUCACUAAUGCUGCUGUUAUCAGAACUCCUAGUGAAUUCACAUUGAUGAGUCUGAUUGAUGCUCAAGAAAUAAUCAUGCUCCUUAUAGCUUCUAUUGUUCUCACAUUAACCUUUGUGACACCAAUGCAGUCACUACACAAGAUAUUUAAAUUUUCUUCAAAGACUGAAGAAGAUGAACCUACAGAAGAGACAGGUGAAAAAGAGAGCAAAGAUAACGAAGAACAAAAAGAUACAGAGGCAGAACCUGAAGUAGAAAACACAGGAGAGGUUGAAGAAAUAGAGGAAAUUGUUGAAACACCGUCAAGAAUAAAGCAAAAUUUUAUGGCUCAUCGUGAACUUUUAGAAGAGAUACCCGAAUCAGAAGUAGAGUAUGAAUUGCAAAGGGACAGAAUCGAAGUUUUGGAAGAAAUUUUAGAGGAAGAAGAGUAUGACGUGGAAGAAGGAGUUGAGGAAGAGGAAAUGGAAAGAGAUGUAGAAGAUGGUGAAGUUGAAGAUGGUGAUGUAGCUGAAGAAGAGUUAGAAGUCAUAGAAGAAGAACAAGAACAAGAAGAACAAGAGGAGGGAGGGGAAGAUGACUUUUGGGCAGAUAGAGAAGAUGAUUAUGUAGCAAGAAGAUCAUAUUCUCCAAACGAUGAUGAUGAGUUGCAAGAGUGGGAAUUGACUCAGAACAACUCACAGGCCGGAAAUGGAACUCAAUACUAUCGAUAUGGAAGAUAACAAUGUUUUAUACUUACCCCUAUAAGUAAAUAUUUCAAUUAAAUGUUAUUUUUUUGUUACGAA